UAUGCCUGCUUGGCCAAACGAAGAGGACGCAUUGGAAAGACUUUCCCUUGAAAUGGUGUAGGAAUUUCAUCAGAAUGGUGUAUGAUUUUGAUGUCAGAGAUUUUUGUCAAAACUUGAAGGCCACUAAACCACCUUAUGAAUGUCCGGUUAAAGACUGUGGUAAAGUGUAUAAAAGUUAUUGUGGUAUUCAGUUUCAUCUAUAUAAUUAUGAUCAUGAUAACCCAGAAAAUAACAGUCCUACUCCAACUGGUAAGAAACCUGGUAAGAAAAAAGGAAGAUGGGGUCAUCACAGAUCAAUGCGAAGAUCACCCACUCCACCAGAAUUUGUUAAACCAGCUCCAAGACUGGAAACUCUGACCUAUGCUGAAGCACAAAGACUGGUGGAAAUUGAUGUUGAUGGUAGGAUUCAUAGAAUAAAUAUAUAUGAACCUUUAGAAAUAAUAUCUCAAGAUCAGAUAGACAACCAGAGUAAUAAAGAAAAAGAAGAGAAAGCGGAGAAAGUCCCCAAAGUAACUAAGCAGCAUACAGAUAAAAACAAAACUAAAAACAAAGAAGCACCAGUCCCAGCCGAUGUAAACAAUGCUGGUAAAUUACCAGAGGCACAGUUUAAGAUUGUGGACAAUUAUAUCAAGCCAACAAAUCCUAAACCAAGGCCAAACUCAUAUUAUCGUUAUAUUGAAAAAUCUACAGAUGAGUUGGAUGAUGAAGUUGAGUAUGAUAUGGAUGAAGAGGAUCAUGCAUGGUUGGAACUGUUGAACAAAAAAAGAGAAUCAGAUGGACUUACUCUGGUAAAUCAAGCAGAUUUUGAACUUUUAAUGGACAGAUUUGAAAAAGAAGCUUUUUUCCAGAGUCAGUCCUCAGGAAAGGAUAUUGGCCCUCCUAUUGAUGAAGAUGCUGUUUGUAGUAUUUGUAUGGAUGGUGAAUGUCAAAAUAGCAAUGUGAUUUUAUUUUGUGACAUGUGUAACUUGGCUGUGCACCAGGAAUGUUAUGGUGUUCCAUAUAUUCCUGAAGGACAAUGGUUGUGUCGUCGGUGUCUUCAGUCUCCCUCACGAGCAGUUGAUUGUUGUCUAUGCCCAAAUAAGGGUGGUGCUUUCAAACAAACUGAUGACGGAAAAUGGGCUCAUGUGGUAUGUGCAUUAUGGAUACCUGAAGUAGGGUUUGCAAACACAGUAUUUUUAGAACCCAUAGAUAGUAUGGAGAGAAUUCCUCCUGCACGAUGGAGGUUAUCAUGUUAUAUUUGUAAACAGAGAGGGACAGGAGCAUGCAUUCAGUGCCACAAAACAAACUGUUACACUGCAUUUCAUGUGACUUGUGCUCAACAGGCAGGACUUUAUAUGAAAAUAGAACCUGUCAAAGAGCCUAGUGGUUUAACUGUGACAGUUCGUAAAACAGCCUAUUGUGAUGUUCAUGCUCCAGCUGACUCAGAUUGUACACCUAUGUUAAAUGACAGUACUACAUCAGAGGAGGAAAAAUCAGCAGAUGCUAAAGAAAAAUCUCGAUUAAAAAUGAGAAAAGCAAGAAAAAUCCUAGCUGAGAAAAGAAAUGCCAUGCCAGUUGUUUCUAUUCCAAUAAUUCCACAGCUCAGACUAACAAAAAUAGGUGAAAUGCUUAACUUGCCAAAGAAGCAACCAUUCAUAACAAGACUGUUAAGUUAUUGGACAUUAAAAAGACAGUCUCGGAAUGGUGUGCCACUACUUAGGAGAUUACAGUCCAAUCAUAUGACCAGAAACAAAGAGCAGACAAAAAAUGAUAAACAAAGUAAUGCUUUGAAAGAACAACUGAAGUACUGGCAAAGGUUAAGACAGGAUUUGGAGAAAGCUAGAUUGUUGGUGGAAUUGAUUAGAAAAAGAGAAAAACUUAAAAGAGAACAGCUUAAGGUUCAACAACAAGCAAUGGAGAUGCAGUUACAACCAUUUGCUGUAUUGUUGCGACAUACAUUAGAUCAGAUCCAAGAAAUUGAUAAUUCUGGUUUCUUCUCUGAACCUGUAUCGUUAGAUGAGGUACCAGACUACUUAAACUAUAUUGAUAAACCUAUGGAUUUUACAACAAUGAGAAAGAAUAUAGACGGCCACUCUUACAAGACCAUGGAUGAAUUUGAGAAAGACUUUGAAACCAUUAUAAGGAAUUGUUGCACCUAUAAUGCAAAAGACACAGUAUUUUAUCGCUGUGCAGUUAAACUGAGAGAUCAGGGUGGAGCUGUGAUCAGAGCAGCCAGGAGAAUGGUAGAAAGAGUUGGUUACGAUCCUGAUACUGGAUUACAUUUAGACAGGGAACCAGAUCCUAUUGGAUCACCUGUGAUUUUAGAAGACAUUGAUGAUUUUUUGGAUAAGAGGAAAGAAAACUUGCCAUUAGAAGAACAACUAAGAAUCCUGUUAGAUAACAUGGAUGCUGCCAAUAAUAAUAGAAAGGGUAAACAGACCAAACUGAUCAAAAGAAUCAAAAAGGAAAUUCUAAGAGUUAGAAGAAAGCUUGCUUUACAGAAAGGACAGAAAACAAGUGAUGCAGACGAGAGUGUUGACACAGGAACAGAUGACGAUUCUGCUGAAGAGGAUGGUCAGCCAUCUACACCCCAACCUCGUAACAUAAGAUCAUCAUCAGCUUGUAAACCAGAGAAGACGCCAGCAGGCCGAGGGACUCCAGGAAGAGGGAGAGGUAGAGGGAGGGGUAGGGGGCGUGGAAGAAGAGCUAGUCAUAGUAGAAGUGAAUCAGAAUCUGAACCCCCUUUACCGAGACAUUUAGAAAAAAGACGAUCAUCUGAUAGUUCGCGUACAACAGAAUCAUCAACUUCAUCUACAAAAACUGAGGAAAGUGGCUCAUCAUUAACAACACCAUCAGGUGUAAAUAGACGAACUAAGGUGUUAUUCAGCAAAAAAGGUUUUAAUUCAAAAAACAAUUCACGGUGUUCUAGUCCAGUUACCACACCUAAUACACCACCUAUCAGUACUCCUACAACUAGGAAGCCAGGCAGGCCACCGAAAUCCAAACAAACUAAUACAGAGUCAACAGAAUCCCCUCAACCGCCUGUACUAGAACCAAUGAAUAUAACGUCUCCAAGGCUGAGAGGUCCAGGUAGUCCUGCAGCCAGAAAGAGAUCUGCUAGUGCUAUAGCCUCUCCUGAUCGAGAUUUACGACCGUCUCCACCUAAACGAACUAGUUCUAUGGUUGAACCUUUAUCUCAAUUUGCUGAUCCUCCUGAUUUAACAAAAAAAGACAGUUUCAUGAGAUAUCGAGGACCAGAUAAUUUAAGAAGUUCUUCGGAAUCUGAAAGUUCAUCUGUGAUAAGUUCAAGUGAUGAUUCAUUAUCGGAAAGUUCAAGUGGUUCAUCCAGUAGCAAUAGUAGAUCAGAUCAAAAUUCAAAUGGCUUACCAAAGUUGUCUGAGGAUGGUGGCACAGAAAGUGAUGGAUCUAAUUCUCCAAGCUCAGCUAGAUAUGGAAGGGCAAGAAGAAGUACAAGCUGUGAUUCAGAAGAACUGAUACCAUUAGAGCCUCUUGAUUUGGUUUGGGCAAAAUGUAGAGGCUACCCAUGGUACCCUGCUCUUAUAAUAAAUCCCAAAAUGCCUAAGACUGGUUAUUUCCAUAAUGGAGUUCCUAUUCCAGUCCCACCAGAGGAUGUUUUACUUCUUCAGAGAAAAUAUGAUGAACAUGUCUACCUCAUCCUCUUCUUUGAUACAAAACGUACAUGGCAGUGGCUUCCAAGAAACAAGUUAGAACCUUUAGGUGUAGACUCUGGCUUAGACAAAGCCAAGUUAUUAGAAAACAGAAAACCAAAUGUGAGGAAGGCUGUGCAACGGGCUUAUGAGAAAGCUAUUUUACAUCGGUGUAGUGUGACAGGAGAACCAAACCCUCUCUCUGGAGACUCAGAAAUUGAUGAAAUUGAAUGAAAUCCCUAUUUUCUUACUCUUGCUGUUCCUAACCUUUUCACUGACCAAAUCAUUCACUUUUUUAGAUAAAUUAUCUAUCAUUAUUUUCUUGUUCAAUGAUAACUGUGUUAGAAAUGUCUCAAUUUCUGCAUAAAAACCUGUAGUUACAUUUAUUUAUCAUAAAUCCCAGGAUGGAUAUUUUUUUAUUAAAAGCAGGUUGAUUGUACUUGCAGUAUUUUCUGCAGUAUAUGUAGGAAGUGAUUUUUUUGUAAAACAUGUCAGUGUUUUCCUUAGAAGCUGGUAAAUAGCCUUCAACUUCAUGAUUUUGACAGUGUGAAUUAAUAAAAGUAAACUUUUAAUACUUCACUAUUAAUGCCCUGUCUUCUGCUUUGUUAAAUCAGCCUGCUUCUUAUAUUUAGGGAAAACAGUGCAUGUAAAAGAUGUUUUCCAUAAUGUCUCACAGAUUCUCUCACUGAAAAGAUAUGUGUAAAAAUACAUGUAUGUUGUAAAACAGCUUUUGACUGUAUUUCAGCAGUUUGUUGAAAGUUAAAUCUGAAAGUACACAGGUACAUAAGUACAUAAGUUAUGAAAUUUAAAAAAAGUUGAUAGUUCUCAAGAUUCAAAUGCUCUAUUAUAAACUAUUAGGUAAAUAUAAAAUUACACAGCAUAUUUAAAACAGUUAAAAAAAAAAUCAAAAAUCCACUUUGUUAAGUAACAUUGUGCAUCUUCAGAAUGGCAGCAUAUGUUAGAAGGUUGAUACAAUUUUUAGAAAUUGGAAAAUUUUUAAUUUUGAAGACUUUCGUACUAUUUGAUUGUAUACUUAAAAUAAUUAAUUGUAUACAAAAAGUUACAAAUUGUGUAAGUGGUUAUUUUUGAAGAGUUUGAACUUUUAAAUUGUUUUAAAUGUUGAGAUGUUUCCUAUGUGUAUAUGUUUUAAUGUUAGUGUUGUUAGGUACCAGGGUGAUAUAAGCCUUUGUUUUUAUAUACUGUUAGAUUUUAUGGUAUAUAUUUAUUGUCAAGUUUAAAUACUCUUUUUUUUUAUGAAAGCUGACACUGUCAUACUUAUAGUACAGUAUGGAAAGACUCAUGUGUUUAUGUUUUUGAGAAAUUUGAAUAUCUGUAUAUUGGAUGAAAUUUUGCAAGAGUGCUAUUAUUUAUGCAAUUUUUGUACAGAUGUUAUUCUCAUUUAACUUAUCAAUAAUUAGUCCUCGUGUGAUACUGAUAACUUAACUGUGAUAGUAUCCUUUAGGGAAAAAAUGAAUUCAGUUACAAAAGAAUAUUUAAAAACUUUGGAUAUAGAAAACUGUACUGAUAAAAAGCAGCAGGGUAGAUGUGACUUCAGUUUAAAAACAAAAUGGGAAAUGUAAGCAAUUUUUGAUAUGUUUUUAUUCUAAGCUAACUAAAACAUAUAUUAAAAACUGGGAAAUGUUGUAAACUCACAUAUUGUGCUUGUCGCUACCGGUACUUGAAUAAAUGUUACAUUGUUGAAUUAAUUUAAGUGUGCAAUUUAGUCCAUAUAUCUAUUGAGAUAAUAGUAGUAUUUCAAAGUGAUAAUAAUAAAAAGGACUAUUUUGCAUUAAUUAAUUUUAUGAAUUCUUAAAAAAACAUAACCUACUGCCAACACUUUGUUUAUCUCAUUUGUCUCAAUGUUUUUUGAAAAUUCACAGUAAAUAAUAAAAUUUCUACUUUCAUAAUUAUUUGUAAUACAUUGCCAUCUUUUGAAAAUGAUAAGCAUUGUAAAUACUCUGUUGUAUCAACCAUAAUAAAUAAACUUCCAAUUUC